AUGGCUGAAUACUUUAGCCGCCUUGACCCCCGGGCGCAGGCUCUCCAUAGCCACCAGCCUGAACAUUCUCUAGCUCAAGAGGAUAAGGAUAUCCGUGUUGCUGUACAUGACGGGGCCACUGACAACCUGGGCCCAGAGGGAAAGGAAUCCCACGAACUCGUCCAGGAAGAGACCGAAGAGAGUUUGAAUGUCCUUAUCGAGGAUCUGGAGGCCGAAGAUGGCAAAGUAAAAGAUCCUGAGGUGCUCACUAUCCCGGUCGCCCCUGGUGAAGAGCGUCUUGUCCCUCCUCAACUGAUUCAAACCGACCCUGCCCAUGGCUUGUCGAACGCUGAGGUCAUCCUUGUUCGAAAGAAGUAUGGCCUGAACCGUCUGAAGGAGGAGAAAAGAAACCAUGUCCUCAAGUUUUUGGGCUUCUUUGUUGGCCCUGUUCAAUUUGUCAUGGAGGGUGCAGCCCUGCUCGCUGCUGGUCUGAAGGACUGGAUCGAUUUCGGAAUCAUCUGCGGUCUGCUCCUCCUGAAUGCCGCAGUUGGAUUUUGCCAGGAAUACCAUGCUGGCAACAUUGUCGAUAGCCUCAAGGAAACACUAGCACUGAAGGCAACCGUGAUUCGCAAUGGUAAACGAAUGGAAAUUGGAGUUGAGGAGGUUGUUCCCGGUGAUAUCGUUCAUGUGGAAGUUACCGUUGGAGACAGCGUGACGAAUAUCAUUGAAGAAGCGCUUUACAAUGAUCUAGGACUCCGGCAAACAUUUGGGUUGAAAAGGUCGAUUCGGUUCGAAAACUCCAAUGCCCCAAUUCCAAAGCGCGAAAUCGAAGAGGGUACGGAUAUUCGCGGUCGCCGAGUGCGACGACGAUCACCGCGUAUAGCUGCUCGAGAUAAAAACGCAUCAAGCACUCGAGUUUCCGAAAAGCACUCUUGA